AUGAAUUCCACCAAUACUGCUUCGGCUCUACCCACCAUCAAGCUUAAUGAUGGAAACGAAAUCCCAAUGAUAGCGUACGGCCUAGGAACAGCAAACUUCAAGAAGGGAGGACGAACCGAUUACGACGAGAACGCAUUCAACUAUACGUUGAAUGCAAUAAAGAGUGGCUUCUAUCACCUCGACGGUUCUUCAUCGUACGGGAACGAGGAGGAGCUUGGUGCAGCUAUCAGAGCAUCCGGCGUUCCGCGGGAAAAGCUUUAUGUUGUCACCAAGCUCAACGGUUGGAAGAAGCAAGACGUACAGAACGCUUUUGAUACCUCGUUGAAGAAACUGGGGCUUGAUUAUGUGGAUUUGUAUCUCAUCCACGCCCCGUUCUUCGCGGAGAAGCCUGAAGAUUUACAGGAAGCUUGGGCUACCCUUGAACAUCUUGAGACCAUCCUCGCCACAGCCAAAAUCCCUCCAGCAAUCAACCAAAUCGAGUACCAUCCCUAUCUGCAGCAUGGUAAUCUCAUUGAGUACCAUCGUAAGAACACAAUAGCCCUAUCGGCAUAUGCGCCAUUGACAGCUAUCAUACGCGCAAGGCCAGGUCCCGUAGACGCUCUUUAUGAGAACUUAGCUAAGAAGUAUGGCGUCACUGAAGGGGAUAUUGCGUUGCGCUGGUGCAUAGAUCAGAAUAUUGUGGUUAUUACAACGAGCUCCAGCGAGGAGAGGUUGAGAAGUUAUAUGAGAAACGUGUGGAGCUUUAAGCUGACAGCUGAGGAGAUUGAGGGUAUUGCAAUGAUGGGGAAGCAGAAGCACUUCAGGGCGUUUCAGAAGCAGUGGAUUGCAGAGGGAGAUUGGCGAUAG